AUGUUCCAGGUCCACGCGGCCAAAGGACCGGAGGUGCCACUGCAGCCAUGGGAACCCGGCGACGUCCUGGGCCUGGCGUUGGAUUUUUCUUCCGGCAAAAUGCAGCUUUCGCACCAGGGCACCUGGCACACAGAGGCUGGCUAUUCCAUGGACUUCCAGUCGAACGGCCGGGAUCUGUACCCUGCCGUCACCAUGAAGUGGGGCAUGUUCCGACUACGCCUGGGCCGCGAGGCUUGGAUCUACCAGCCGCCAUCCGCGAAACACAGGCCCUGGGCUGCUGGAGUUGGGGAGUGGGCCAGCGAGGCCUUGCUGGGAGACCGAUCCUGGGGCUUCGAUGCCCAGCUCCUGGCGCGGAAGCCCCGGAUGAUUGGGCUGGGCGCCCUGGGAGACUGCGAGGCGCCGAGAUCUGCCAGCAGCUGGUUUGUGGCAGGUCUUCCGGAACUCUCCCGGAGUUCAGGAAAGUUCUACUACGAGCUGCGCCUGCUCAGCCGCCCCGAGAGCCCCCGUGUGGGCUGGGCCACCGCCGACUUUUCUGGCGGGGCCAUCGGGGGCGACCCAGAGAGCUUUGCUUUCGAGGGCUGGCGGAUGAUGAAGUGGAAUGCUGGCCUGAGCUCACAGGCCGCGUUGAAACCAUGGCGUCCAGGAGACGUGCUGGGUCUUGCCGUGGACUUGGACGCAGGCAAGAUGUCCUUACGCUGUCACCGAGACGACGGCUGGUUGCGGAUCAAGAGUGUCAGCCUUGAGGAGGCGAGGCGCAUGCUGCAAGCCUCCAUCGAUGAUGGUGACAUCAGCGACAGCGAGCUGUCCGAGGUGGUUACAUUCUUGGGCCAAGAAGGAAGAAUUUUGGAGGAGGACCGCUCGGACGACACUGUGUAUAUUGAAAUGUCGGACGGCAACGCCACAUGGGUUCCAGCUACGAUGCUGAAAGCACUUCUUGAGGACGAGGAGCCCGAGGAUGUGCGAGAGAUGCACUUCGACCCCAAGGGCCGGAAGCUGCAUCCUGCAGCUUCCAUGCUCGGAGGCUUCCGUUGCUACCUGGGCCGCGAUGCCUGGCUGUACGAGCCCCCAGGAGCCGAGUACGAAGCCUGGGGCUCCGGGGUCUUCGAGUGGGCUCCGGAGGACUGGCGAGCUGGCAGCACCUGCGCUGGGAAGCCUUGCCUCGUGGGCCUGCGAUGCCUCCGGCCCACGGAGCUGCCAAUGGAGGAGGGAUGGCGUGAUGGAUUUCAGGAGCUGCGGAGUUUGUGGCUGACCGCCGGGGCCAAAGAAGCCGCCCGCGGCAGCGGGAAGCUCUACCACGAGAUCCAGCUGAUCAGCGACCUUAGCAACCCUCAAGUGGGAUGGAUGUCCACCAAGUUCAAGGAGGGAGAGCAAGAUGGGAACGGCCUCGGGGACGACGAGGAGGGCUACGGUUUCGACGGCGACCGCCACCUGCAGUGGAAGGCUGGCAAGUCAAUGAAGGUGAAGAUACAGCCGUGGAAGCAAGGGACUGUCCUCGGCCUCGCCAUCGACCUGGACGCAGGUGUCAUGCGCCUCUCGCACCAAGGCAAAUGGCACAACGAGAACGAGGAGGGCUACAUCAUCAAGGCCGAGCUGACAGGCCGCGACUGGUAUCCGGCCAUUUCCAUGCGCGGCUUCUACCAGAUGCAUUUAGACCGGAGAACCUGGCGCUUCACACCACCUUCUCCAGACUACGAGGCCUGGGCGAGUGGCAUCUUCGAGUGGGCGCCGCAACAUUUCUGA